AUGGUUCAAAGAGUGAAAGGCUAUUGUCAUUCACCAAAAGAUGGUUUGACACUGGAUGAAUCAGCUUCAAUCUUUCUGUAUUCGAUGGAAUGGCAUCCAGGAGAUCAAUCUUUCUACUUUAUUCUUAAUGCCACUUUACUAAAAACUGAUCGAGGACUACUGAAGCCAUGGUUUUCUUAUCUUCGACUGAUUAUGACUGCACUAGCCAAACUUCCAUCUGAAUCAAAACGUUUUCAUGUAUACCGUGGUGUAAAGAGGGAUCUAAGCGCCGAAAUUAAAACAGAAAAUACAAUUGUAUGGUGGGCUUUUUCAUCAUGUACAACGUCUCUUAAUGUUCUUGAUAAUGAACGAUAUUUAGGCAAAAAUGAAAAAAGAACACUAUUUACCAUCGAUUGUUAUUCUGGCAAAAAAAUUCGAAAUCACACAUUUUACCCAGAGGAAGACGAAGUAUUACUUUUUCCUGCUAGCCAAUUCAAAGUCAUAGGCUAUCUGGGUGAAGGCAGUGACCUUUUUGUAGUUCAACUAGAAGAAAUUCAACCAAAAUACCCUCUGAUUAAUCCUAUUGAACCAUCUAAAAAUAUUAUACCGGAUGUAACAUCGUAUACACCAGCAUCUAUUGCAAGCUUAGUGAUACCCAAAUUACAGAAAGAAAGAUUACCAACUCUCUUACCAGUACAGCGUUCUCUAGCUGCGUUAGCUAAACCAGUGUUACAGCCUAUCGCACGUUCAAAUAAUUCGGUUCAACUUCUCGAAAUACCAACAAAGAAGAAAACAUUAUUACAUUCUAUAAAAUCGCAAAAUAACCCAGUACAAGAGACCGUCAUAUUGUCGACAAAACCAACACGGCAAUUAACUGAACCAUUAGCUGAAUCUACACAAAAGCAUGCUGUAGAUCAAGCUAAACGAACACAGCCUUUAACCAUACAAAAGGAUCAACCAAUUACAAAGUCUUCAUGCAAUAAUAAAAAAUUAUUGGAACAAAAGAAGACGUUUUUCUUUGAUCUGGUAAACCAUAGUCACUGUAUGUUAAUAACAAAUGUAUUAGCAUAG